AUGGUGGUGAAUUUCUCCGGGAUGCCUUCAGCGUCAUCGAUUUUUGCAGCGUAUGCCUCGUUUUCGGCUUUUGUUAUGUUGCUUCAAACUAUCUUGAAUCAACUCAUGCCCAGACAAGCGCAAAAUUAUAUUUGGUCCUUAAUUCAGUCCUAUUUAAGGACUAAACCCUCCUGUGCCGCUAUAGUCAUUGAAGAAAGGGAUGGUAUGUCUAGUAACGAAGUUUACAGUGCUGCUGAAAUCUAUCUGUCCACAAAGAUCAGACGAAAUAUCGAUCGCCUUAAGGUUAGCAAGCGCCAUAAGGAUAAAGAUGUUAGUGUCAAGUUUGCUCAAUGCGAGAAAAUUGUUGAUAUCUUCAAAGGGAUUGAGCUUGAAUGGAAAUUUGUUUCUGAAGAGAGAAAAAAGAGUUCCAAGGUAAUUGACGAAGAUACCGACAAUAUUCUCUUCACGUCCGAGAAAAAAUACUUUGAGCUGAGUUUCCAUAAGAAUCACAAGGACAAGGUCCUCGACCUUUACGUGCCUUUCGUGCUUGAAAAAGCCAACUCCAUUCGAGCUGAAAAAAAGACUGUCAAGUUGCAUACUUUAGCUUCUUAUUCGUCCCCAAUUGUGUGGGAUUCUGUUAACUUCCAACAUCCCUCAACUUUCGACACCCUCGCAAUGGAUACGAAGAUUAAGAGGGCUGUCAUUGCAGAUUUGGAAAGGUUUGUCCAAAGGAAAGAGUUUUACAAGAAAGUGGGCAAAGCUUGGAAAAGGGGGUACUUGUUGUAUGGCCCUCCAGGCACUGGCAAAUCCAGCCUGAUUGCAGCAAUGGCUAAUUACCUCAAGUUUGAUAUUUAUGACUUGGAGCUUACUAAUAUAAAGCGUGAUUCGGAUUUGAGAAAAUUGUUGCUGAGAACUUCAAAUAGAUCGAUACUUGUGAUUGAAGAUAUUGAUUGCAGUGUGGAAUUACCAGAUAGAAAUGGGCCUAUGUGUGUAGAUGGACUUGGACGGGCACGUCCUCGUGAUACGCAGUUCACUCUCUCGGGACUAUUAAACUUCAUGGAUGGCUUGUGGUCUAGCUGUGGGGAUGAGCGGAUUGUCGUGGUCACUACCAACAACAGAGACAAACUAGAUCCAGCUUUGCUGCGUCCAGGGCGCAUGGACAUGCACAUUCAUAUGUCUUAUCUCACAGGAGAUGGAUUCAGGCUCUUAGUCUCCACUUACCUUGGCAUUCAGGGGUACCAUGAGCGCUUUGAGGAGAUUAAAGAAUUAAUUGAGAGUAUGACAAUUACUCCUGCAGAAGUUGCUGAAGAACUAAUGAAGAGUGAUGAUCUUGAUGCUUCUCUUGAAGGUCUAGUUAAUUUUUUAAAGUGCAGAAGGAUCGGAAGCAACCUGACUAAGGAUAAAGAAAUCGAAGAAAAUGAAGUCCAUAAUGCAAAAAGCCUUGCGUCUGGUGAAAGUGAUAUUUAA